CCACGCCCCGGAGGCGGCCACGCCGGCGCCCCCCAGCCCGGUUCCCAGACCCAGCAGCUCAGGGCCAUGGCGGCCGCCGAGCCCAAGCCCCCCGCGGCGACGGCCGCGGCCCGACGCCUGGCCCGGGGCUGCUGGUCCGCGUUCUGGGACUACGAGACGCCCAAGGUGAUCGUGGUGAAGAACCGGCGCCUGGGCAUCGUGUACCGCGCGGUGCAGCUGCUCAUCCUGCUCUACUUCGUGUGGUACGUGUUCGUCGUGCAGAAGAGCUACCAGGACAGCGAGACGGGCCCCGAGAGCUCCGUCAUCACCAAGGUCAAGGGCAUCACCUCGUCCGAGCACAAAGUGUGGGACGUGGAGGAGUACGUGAAACCCCCCGAGGGGGGCAGCGUGUUCAGCAUCAUCACCAGGAUCGAGGUCACCCCCUUCCAGACCCUCGGAACCUGCGCCGAGAGUAUGAGGGUCAACAAUGCCACCUGCGACUCGGACGAGGACUGCGUGGCUGGGCAGCUGGACAUGCUGGGAAACGGCCUGCGGACCGGGCGCUGCGUGCCUUAUUACCACGGGUCCUCCAAGACCUGCGAGGUGUCCGGCUGGUGCCCGGUGGAAGACGGGGCCUCAGUCAGCCAGUUUCUCGGUAAGAUGGCCCCGAAUUUCACCAUCCUCAUCAAGAACAGCAUCCACUACCCCAAAUUCCAGUUCUCCAAGGGCAACAUCGAGAGCCGGAAGGAUGGCUACCUGAAACACUGCACGUUCCACGAGGUCUCUGACCUCUACUGCCCCAUUUUCAAGCUGGGCUACAUCGUGGAGCAGGCAGGGGAAAACUUCACGCAGCUGGCACACGCGGGCGGUGUAAUUGGGGUCAUUAUCAACUGGGACUGUGACCUGGACCUGUCGGCAUCCAAGUGCAACCCCAAAUACUCCUUCCGGAGGCUCGACCCCAAGCAUGUCCCAGCCUCAUCUGGCUACAACUUCAGGUUCGCCAAGUAUUACAAAAUAAACGGUAGCACCACCCGCACACUCAUCAAAGCCUACGGGAUCCGAAUUGACGUCAUCGUGCACGGACAGGCAGGGAAGUUCAGCCUGAUUCCUACCAUCAUUAACCUGGCCACAGCGCUGACCUCCAUCGGGGUGGGCUCCUUCCUGUGCGACUGGAUCUUGCUAACGUUCAUGAACAAAAACAAGGUCUACAGCCAUAAGAAAUUUGACAAGAUGGUGGAUGCUCCCAGGCGGGGAGCAGGGCCAGGGCUUGGCGCCUCCGAGCCUUCCCAGCAGGACUGCGCUCUCACGGACGCCCGAGGUUUGGCCCAGCUCUGA